AUGGGUCAUAAUUUUCUCAGUGAUGCGAAGACCAUGCUUUUGUUGUUGUACUUUUCCAUUGCCAACCUUCUUAAUCUUGCUUAUGCUGAUCCACCCUACAGUUUUUGCUCAAAUACAUCUCCUUUUGUAGCUAAUAGUUCAUUUCAAAACAAUCUCAAGUCCCUCAUGUCUUAUCUUGCCUCAAAUGCUUCUGUGUCGAAUCAAUAUCAUGCCUCUGCUGGAAAUGACCCUGAUAGAGUCUAUGCUCAGUAUAUGUGCUACAGCUACAUAACAAACGAAAAGUGCAGUGCCUGCAUUGAUGCAGCAUCACAAGAUAUCAUGCAACUCUGUCCAAACAAUAGAAAUGCAACUGUAUGGGAAGAGCUGUGCCAGUUGCGCUUCUCGAAUAAAAAUUUCAUAGGUCAGCUUGAUUUCUCAGGAAACAUUCCCUUAGCUAAUAGAGAGACGAUUGAAAAUUCAGUACAGUUUAUAUCAGUAGUGAACGAAAAUUUUAGUAAUCUUACCAAGAAGGCUGCUUUUGAUCAUACGCAGAAUAUGUAUCCUACAGGAAAAUUAGCCUUAUCGGAUAUAGACACCCUUUAUACUCUGGUACAGUGCACUACAGAUUUGUCAUCUCACGAUUGUAACACAUGCCUUCAGGUUGCCAUACAAAAUAUUUCAAGUUGCUGCUAUUUCGGUCGAGGGGCACGGCUUCUUAGCCGGAGUUGCUAUUUUAGGUUUGAGUUAUACGCAUUCUAUGAAGGCGCAGCUGAUACGCGAACACAAAAGGUGUAUAAUUUUCCUAGAGGGAAGACAUUGACGAUUUUGAAGAUUGUCCUUGGAACUUGUAUACCAACAGUUGUUCUUGCAUUUCUCACCGCAUCGUGUAUCAUCUACUUUCGGCGAUUAAGCAGAAAAGAAACAGAUGAGGAAAAAAGUCACCUUGCUUUCUUACAGGAACUGAGAAAAUCUAGCGGAUCGACAUUCGCAGAAGGUAAUAAGGUGAGUUCUGAGGAAUUACCUUGGAUGAUGGACCUGAGUGUUAUAAGAGCUGCGACAGAUAACUUCUCUGUUUCAAACAAGCUUGGACAGGGUGGAUUUGGCUCUGUUUACAAGGGGAUACUAAGCGAUGGAAGCGAAGUUGCAGUGAAGAGACUAUCAAGAAGUUCAGAGCAGGGCGUAAAAGAAUUCAAAACUGAAGUUCUAUUAAUAAUGAAACUUCAGCACAAAAAUCUUGUCAGGCUGCUUGGUUUUUGUGUUGAAGGAGAGGAAAAGCUCCUCGUCUAUGAAUUCAUGCCUAACAGCAGCCUUGAUGUUUUUCUUUUUGAUCCUACGAAACGAGCAGAACUUGAUUGGAGCAGUAGAAUUGAUAUUAUAAAUGGAAUUGCAAAGGGAAUGCUCUAUCUUCACGAGGAUUCUAGGCUUAGAAUCGUUCAUCGAGACCUAAAAGCUUCUAAUGUAUUGUUAGACAAUGAGAUGAAUCCGAAGAUUUCUGACUUUGGAAUGGCAAGGAUUUUUUCAAGCAAUGAAGACGAAGCCAAUACUGCUCGAAUAGUAGGAACAUAUGGAUACAUGGCACCAGAAUAUGCAAUGGAGGGAUUAUAUUCAACCAAAUCUGAUGUUUUUAGUUUUGGAGUUCUCUUGCUUGAGAUCAUAAGCGGGAGAAAGAAAGCUGGAUACCACCAAUCAAAAUGUGCUCCUAGCCUCCUUGCAUAUGCCUGGCAAUUAUGGAACGAAGGAAAUAAAGCAGAGUUGAUUGAUCCAAUGCUGUCUGAUUCAUGCAAUGCAGACGAAUUCUCACGUUACAUGCACAUUGGUUUAUUAUGUGUUCAAGAAGAUGCUAGCGACAGACCUACCAUGUCAUCUGUUGUCUUAAUGCUGAAAAGCCAAAAUUCAUUUCUUCCCCAACCUGAGCGGCCGGCUUUUGUGGGAAGAUUCAUGGACAACCUGGAGGCAACUGUUAGCAAUUUCUCUGUCAAUGAAAUGACACUUUCUGAUGUUGGUCCACGCGGAUGA